UUUCCCCGAUGUUUGACGUUGUGCUUUGAUCAGACAUGUUCACUUGCUCCCUCCCAGCCCAUAAACACGCCAAAUUACCGCCGUCGGGUCUUGCGGCUCUAGUCUGAGCUCAGUGGUCUUUCCGCUCCGGCGAACUAAAACCAGCGGAAAAACCGCAGGAUGCUGCUUAAGCGGCCGCCCAGCUGCACGCAGUAGUUGCGGUGCGUGAAUCGGGAUGAAAUUAUGAAGAUAUUGUGACAUGGAUUUUAUGAAACUGUUAUGGAUUGUGGUUUCCAUACUCUGCUGCUCGUGUUAUGCAUCUGAGCUGUUCAGUGGUCAGCUCAUUUGCCUGCGAGGAACGGAGCGGCCGUGCUACAGGAUAGUCUAUAUCCCCGACGGCAGCCGCAGGCUAACCUUCGCCCAAGCCAGCCGAGCCUGCCGGACCGAAGGCGGCGAGCUCCUCAGCGUCGAGACCGAGAGCGAGCAGCUCCUCAUCGUACAGUUCAUCCAGCAACUCCCGGCCGCCGAGGGCUACUUCUGGAUCGGGCUCCGCAGGAACCACGAAGACCAGGGGCUUGGCAGCGAUUGCGGCGCAGACUAUCGUUGGCUGGAUGGCAGCCAGGCCACAUUCAGAAACUGGCUGUUAGGCGAACCGUCUUGUGGGCAGCAGGCAUGCGUGCUGAUGCAGCUAAGCCCCUCACCACCCAGGGGGGGGUGGCGCUUUGAUAGGCUUCCCUGGGCCAAUGGGGACUGCAGCUCCAGGAACCAUUUCAUCUGCAAGUACCCCAAAGAAAACCCUCAGAAGACUCUCAAAGCAGAAGAGGAGAGAAUCACAGAAGCUCCAGCCAUGACUGUCCUGCCAAAUAACCCUCUAGUCACGAUAAACACUGCAGAACUGGAAGUAGCGUCUGAAUCAGCUGGCCUCGGCACUGAUCUCACUUACAUCAUCUGGCCCUCUGUUGGUCUCCUAAUGUUCCUGGUGGUGGGUUCAGGAGUCAUAUCCUUCAGAUUCCUUACCGCAGGGAGAAAAGCACAAGCGUACCGCGCUUCACAGGGGAGUUUUGAUGCCCGCAGCCCAGGCACCAGGAGCCACAGUGAGGGUCACAGCGUCACACAGCAAGUGUCCCCCAGCUGCCCUCUCCCUCAGCCUCUGCCCAACGACUACGAGAAUCUGCCAGCCAGGAACAUAGAGAGCGGCUUUGUCACGAACGACAUCUAUGAGGCCUGCCUUGGCCAUGGACAGCCUUCCUCCGGAACUGGAUGGGUGGAAAAUGAGAUCUAUGGCUGAUAGUUGGCUGUUGAAUUUCUGCAAUUCAUCGUGAACUUGGAGUGGACAGCACCCCCUAAAGGCUGGGGGGAGUUAUUUCUGUAUGUAUGAGCACGUCUCAUGCAGGUUCUGCUGUCCUUGUUGCAAGGAGUUAAAGUGAAGAUAGCAGUCAAGCUUAAAGUACGUGGGGUGGAAACUGGCCUUUGGUACUAACUGACAGUUUACUGUUCACAUUGUAAUUUCUACAUUUCCUCUAGUGGCUCCAUACUGUGACACAUUGACAUGGUCUGCAAACACAUAGUUAAACUUUAAAGGUUCACUAGAAAAGAAACCUGUCGAUUCAUGGGUUUAUCCACCCAAAACAGCCUCCUUUGUGUUUAAGCGACCUUGGGGUUUUGACAUUUCAUCUGCAGCUUGCCGGUGGACCGUUCACCCUGGUGGGGGGGAAUGCCGUCACAGAAAGCCCAGCCGCAUCCCCACAGUGCAGGUGCAUGAGCUCGUCACUAAAAACUAACAAGCCAGGAAUGUGCCCAGCAUGACAUAAAGCAUCGACGCAAAAUAAACACCCAAAAUAUCA